AUGAGUGGUAUCACUGACGAAGCGGCCCUCGAGGCUCAUGACCUCGUUGAUGCCGAAGACCGCAUGCAGCAGGAAAGAGAUAAGAGGGAGAGCAUUAGCUCUCAGCAGAGCACUGGAUCAAACGAAAGUGCCCCAGACCCUAAUAAAGGCAAGAUGGGCAGCAUGGGCAGCAUGGGCAGCAUGGGCAGCAUGGGCAACAAGGGCAACACGGGCAAUCAGAAGCCAUCGCUGCUUGACAGAGGAAAAGAAGCACUGGGUUUAAAUAGCCAGUAA